UAUCCACUUCCCUCUUCUUAAUCAAAGUCUGCAGCACAAGCCACAUUCUACAACAGCUCUUUGGGGUUUCACACUCCAAAGACACCAAAACACACAAUUUCAUACUGACCCUUUUUUAUUUUCUCAUUUCCUCAAUCCUCACUUUCACAACCAAAGAAAAACUCAAAGAGACACCAUUUUCUGCUUUUUUGGGUUUCUGGGUAUUCAUGCAUUUGCUCAGCUGAGUUGGUAUGUGAUUUAAAGUUUUCUUCUUUUUCUCCUGAAUUACAUAAAAAGACAAUCUUCUUGUUGUUUUUGUUGUUGUUGUUGUUUUUCAGUUUCUUUUGUUGAACUAUGAAUGACAACAUAGUAUCAGUGCUCCAAGAAACCAACGAAACAUGUUGUUUUUGAUUGUGUGUGUCUCUAGGAAUGAGGGUUAUGGUGGUCUCUUGACUGCUUUGAACACAACUUGGAUUGCUUUAUUGCUUUGAGGAAAACUGGAAAAUGUGGGGUUUUAUUCAUGUUCUUAAUGAGCAACUCAAUUGUGUUAUGCCAAAACUUAAUCUUUACUAACCAAGAAGUAUUGCGUCGCAAUUCAUCAAGUUUUUCUGCUCAAUUGGGUGGGAAACGGAGGUGGGUUAGUGGGUUUGUUCCGAAUGCUAAGAAUAAUAGCCGUCAUACGAGGAAAAGGACUUGGUGGCAGAAGUUCUUUUUCGAUGAAGACGGCAAUUGGUUUGGUUUGAAGGAUGAUGACAUGGUUGAGGACCAAUUGGAGGUCUCUAGUGAUGAAGAGUUGUCACAAGGAGACAAGUUUGAGGAGUGGAAGAGGAGGGCCGAGGUGAUUGUAGAGUUAAGGGAAGCACAAGAGGAUAUGAUGAAUGAGGAGAGUCGGAGGUGGGAGGAUUGGCUUGUGGAUGGGAAUAACCAUGUUAGUGAUUCCUCAUGGAGUCAAGAUUGGGAUAGUGGAGUUGGGAAUUCAAGGGAAGAUGUGCAGGCUGAUCCUAGUGAGAUGAUUCCUGAGAAGGGUUUUAUUGAGUCUGUCAGGGAUUUGGUUAUUGGGGAGGAAGAUGAUGAUAUGUUGUAUGAAGACCGAGUUUUCCGGUUUGCAUCACUGAAUUCGGCUAAAUUCCUGGCAGUGUUGAUAAUUAUACCCUGGGCCCUAGAUUUUUUGGUACAUGACUAUGUUCUCAUGCCUUUUUUGGACAGAUAUGUGAAGACUGUCCCACUUGCAGCACAAAUUUUUGAUGUGAGAAGAAAUCAAAAGCUUGAAAUGGUAAAAGAAUUAAAGAUGGACAAAGCUAGAUACCGGCUUGAGGUGGAGAUCGGAAAAUCACCAUCUCUUUCUGAUGAGGAAGUUUGGUGGGAGUUACGGCAUAGAGCAUUAGAGUUGAGAGAUGAGUGGAGGUUAGAGAAUCGUAGAGCAUUUGCCAACAUAUGGUCAGAUAUGGUAUUUGGGAUCUCAUUGUUCAUUCUUUUAUACUUCAAUCAGACUAAAGUAGCUUUGCUGAAAUUCACAGGUUACAAACUAUUAAAUAAUAUUUCAGAUACUGGGAAGGCACUCUUAAUUAUACUUAUCACAGAUAUUUUUUUAGGGUAUCAUUCUGAAUCUGGAUGGCAGACUUUGUUAGAGAUAAUAGUUGAGCACUAUGGCCUUCAGGUUGAUCAGUCUACUAUAACCAUAUUUAUCUGCCUAGUUCCAGUUAUCAUUGAUGCGUGUGUGAAACUUUGGUUGUUUAAAUUCCUUCCAAGAUUAUCCCCUAAGGUGGCCAAUAUAUUCCGGGAAAUGAAGCGUCACUAGUGAAAUUUUUUUAUUUGGGAAUUUUCUCUCACAAUCUGAGAAAUUCCCAAGCGAAAGGUAGUGUAUCACCAACAUUAAAAUUUUUUUCCCCUCUUGAGAUUUUCUUCCUUGAUCUUCCUUUUAUAGAGAGGUGUAUUUGGUUUUGUUAGUAUAUAAAACAUUAGAAUGAGGUCUCAGGCUUGCUCAAAUGUAGUUCAAUAUUUUAUAUGAAGAUAGGAGCUUGUACUCAUUCGAAUCAAGCACCAGUGAUUAACGUGGAUGGUUGUAAUACAGUUAAAGAUCAUGAUUCUCUUGAAAUUCACAAUAAGUUGUUACACAUAUUUUGUGGGAAAAAAAAAGGGUCAAAAUUUUGUUUAUCAACUAUACUUCAUAAUUCUAUAUCAA